CCCGGAGUUAAAUGUGAGCGGCGUCACAUCCUCUUCCUUCUGCUGCUUUUGGGGCCUUCACGAAACGAAAACAAUACGGACGAUGCGUUAUUUUUGUGUUUUACAUUUAUAUGCGCCUGGCAGCUUGACUGGACGCGGUUUGUCUCCAGGUUCUAGUUAAAUAGAUGUCCUGCAGACCUUCUGAUGAGGCGCAGAUUUCCCGGCGCGGCUGGCUUAGGGAGCGUCUUUAAAGAUCCUCGAACGAAAAUAAACGUGGAGUGAAACUGGAAAAAUGCGUGCUGCGGAGAGCCAUCAUGCGAGGCGCGUUCUUUCCUCUCUCAACCAGCAGAGGGCGACGGGGAGGUUUUGCGAUGCAGUGCUGAAUGUGGGACAAGGGGAGCUGUAUCUGGCCCACCACAGCGUCCUGGCCUGCUUUAGUGAGCUCUUUAAGCCGUCUGACAACCCCGCUUCUCUGUCCAUCGAGGUGUCGCUCAACGGUUGCCCCGGUGACGGGCUCCAGCUGCUCCUGAACUUCAUCUACACGGGAAACCUUAAGUUGGACCCCAGCAACCUGGAGAAGGUGCAGCAGGCGGCCUCCAGCCUUUGCGUGCCUGAAGUUCUUGCGCUCUGCCAACAGUUCAAAGAAACUUCAGUGGAUCUUGUUAAGCGUAGAAGAGGCAGACCUAGAAAGAGUGAAACAUCCAAGGCAUUAAAUGAGGACUUGUUGCCUUCAGCUUCAGAGGAUGUGUCCAGCUUGGAUUUUGCCAGUUUUGCCACAGGAACUCGUGCCACCACAACCCGUUCAGGUCGAGUGGUGAAAGGCCCAAAGCGACUAGUAUCUGAUGGGAGCCCCGACUCUGAGAACACAAUGGUCGUGGUCACUGCUGUGGAGGAAGAGGCUGCAGAGAACCUGUGUCCAGAAGCUGCCGAAACUCACGAUGCAGUGCUACAGCUUGACCCGCACAGAAACGGCGAAGAUGAUGAAGAUGCUGAGGACUUUGAAUGUGUCGCUGUAGACACAGAUGAGGAGUACGCACCUGUCAGUGAGCCCACGCCGUCCGCCCAACUUGUGGCAAAGAAUCCCAAAGCGGAGAGCCAAACGAGUGUCGACGCUGUGGAGGACGAUUCCAGAACAGACUCCGUGUCAUGUGCCACGUGCCACAAGUCCUUCAAGAGCAAAUACUACCUGAAGGUCCAUAACAGGCGGCAUACCGGAGAGAAGCCCUUCACUUGUCAGAAAUGUGACAAGAAAUACUUGAGGAAGGAGAGUCUUUUCCUUCACGAGACCCGUGGCUGUCCCAUAGAGCAGAAACACUCCUGUCGGUUGUGCUCCUCCUCUUUUGACACCAAGGCGGAGCUUUGCUCACACAUCGUUUCACACACUGGACAAAUGCCAUAUAGGUGUUUGACAUGUCACGAACAGUUUAUGUACAAGAACAGCCUUACCAUGCACAUGAUGAAGCUCCACGGUCAUCCCAAACCUCAUGCAUGCUCUCAGUGCCCCAAAACCUUCUUGACCCGGACUGUGUUGAGGGUGCACGAAGCAACCAGACAUCGAGGCGAAAAGCCUUUUGUGUGUGAGGAGUGUGGCCACCGGGCAUCCAGUCGAAACGGCCUGCAGAUGCACAUCAAAGCCAUUCACAGAAAUGAGCGACCCUUUGUGUGCAACCUGUGUGGCCAUGCGUUCUCCCAGAAGAACAACCUCAACAUGCAUCUGCGGAUCCACAGCGGCGAAAGACCUUACCAGUGUCACCUGUGUGGAAAGACCUUCAGGACUCAGGCCAGCCUGGACAAACACUAUCGGACUCACACAGGUGAGCGUCCCUUCACCUGCGACGUGUGCGAGAAGCGCUUCACUGAGAAAGGCGCCCUCCUUCGCCACAAGGCCAGCAAGCACGAGGAGGGCCGUCCCCACUGCUGCCACAUCUGUGGGAAAACUUUCAAAGCAAAGGAGCAGAUGCGUGUCCAUCUGCGACGUCACAAAGGGGUGAGGAACUUUGAGUGCAGCGAUUGUGGCUACAAGUUCACUCGGCAGGCUCACCUGAGACGCCACAGCCAAAUUCACAAACGCACGGAGAACUACAACCCACGGCAGAGGAAGCUGAGGAACGUCAUCAUCCAGGAUGAAGGGGAAGCCGCAAAUCCUGGUGAAGCCCCGAAUGUCAUUGAUGCCUCCUCAGACUCCACAGACCUACUGUCCGACCUGGGCUCCAUUCGUAUCGUGACAGUGGAAUAGUGGAAGUAGUCGGUAACCAGAAAACCGGACAAGCUGAGGAUGCAGGAAGCCUGUCUGUAGUUAAGUCUGCUGGACCACCAGGCUUUGGGAGGACACGGUUAUAAAGAAGACUCUUCUAAACACCUGACAUUUCCAUCUUUUUCUCAGUAGGAUUUGUGCUUGAUAUUAGAGAUAUUGAUCCCUAACACAAUGUUAUCCAACUGACCUGAAAUCUGAAAAAAAGAGAGUCUGCUAAUGUUUAGACAAAGAAUUCUAAACAGAAGAAAUGCACGCUGAAGUAGGAUCCUGCAUGAAAUGUAAUUAAUGUAACUACAGCAGAUAAUUAAAGUUCACCACUCUUCAUCA